AUGACAUUGCCCAGCAACUACUCCUCUGCUCCGGUCUCCGAAUUCCUCCUCACUUGCUUCCCUAACUACCAGAGCUGGCAGCACUGGCUGUCCCUGCCCCUCAGCCUCCUCUUCCUCCUGGCCAUGGGGGCCAACGCCACCCUCCUGGUCACCAUCCGGCUGGAGGCCUCUCUGCACCAGCCCAUGUACUACCUGCUCAGCCUCCUCUCCCUGCUGGACAUGGUGCUCUGUCUCACCGUCAUCCCCAAGGUCCUGGCCAUCUUCUGGUUUGACCUCAGGGCCAUCAGCUUCUUUGCCUGCUUUCUUCAGAUGUUCAUCAUGAACAGCUUCCUGACUAUGGAAUCCUGCACCUUCAUGGUCAUGGCCUACGACCGCUAUGUGGCCAUCUGCCACCCUCUGAGGUACCCAUCCAUCAUCACUGACCAGUUUGUCGCCAGAGCCGCCAUCUUUGUUGUGGCCCGGAAUGGCCUUCUUACGAUGCCAAUCCCCAUCCUUUCUUCGCGACUCAGAUACUGUGCAGAGAAGGUCAUCCAGAACUGCAUCUGCACUAACCUCUCCGUGUCCAAGCUCUCCUGUGAAGACAUCACCUUCAAUCGGCUCUACCAGUUCGUGGCCGGCUGGACCCUUCUGGGCUCUGACCUCGUCCUUACUGUCCUCUCUUAUUCCUUCAUCCUGAAAGCUGUGCUGAGGAUCAGGGCUGAGGGAGCAGCCGCCAAGGCCCUGAGCACCUGUGGUUCCCACUUCAUCCUCAUCCUCUUCUUCAGCACGGUGCUGCUGGUCCUGGUCAUCACCAACCUGGCCAGGAAGAGGAUUCCCCCGGACGUCCCCAUCCUGCUCAACAUCCUGCACCACCUCAUCCCCCCAGCGCUGAACCCCAUUGUUUACGGGGUGAGGACCAAGGAGGUCAAGCAGGGAAUCCAGAAGCUGCUGAGCAGGUUAUAAGCAGUAAAAUGGGUGAGAACUUACCUUGGGAACAAAAAUUGGUAAUGGGGAAUUUUUUUCAUGAUGCAUAGGAAAUUUCAAUAGUUACUCUAGGAAUAGGUUUGGAUUUUGCUUUCCCCAAGUUUCUGUGGAUCCUGAGAAUCUCCAUAACAUGGCUCCUGUUCUCUAUUGCACUUACUGCUACAGGAGUUUUUUGCAUUUUGGAGUUACCUUGAUGUUUCUCUUGGCCUCAUCUGGGUAAGAGGGACUUAUCAAGCCGUAAUG